AUGAAAUUACCUAGAUUUUUCAAUCGGACGGGCAAGUCCAAGUUACUCCAACAGAAGGUCGGCAUUGCUCGUCCGGUCUCUUGUCAACCAUGGUUGUCCGACCCGAGACAGCACUUGCCUGUCCGAGCAGUCAAUAGGAGGGGCCAAUUGGUCGGGCAUGGUUCCGAGAAGAAGUCGGGCGCCCAUGCGCGACAUGAGGUCGGAGUCGGACGGGCAGGCUGUAGUGUGGACAAUGCAACAACACUUCAACAUCUUCUGACAGGCAAAACUGAAUUUGAAGCUUGA